CUAGACUCUACUGAGACCCGAACGCCGGCGAUCAGUCCGUUUACUGACAGCACCUGCAGAUCACGGCGAACUUGUGAUCCAAUGGCUUCGCAGAAAUGUCUCGUUAAAGGAUCCCCAGCUCCGGGUCCAGUGACCAAUUCCCAAAUCCGCAUAUACAGCAUGAGGUUCUGCCCCUUUGCUGAAAGGACGCGUUUGGUGCUCAAUGCCAAGGGUAUCAACUAUGAAGUCAUUAACAUCCAUCUGAAGAACAAACCUAGUUGGUUCUUGGACAAAAAUCCAGCAGGUACCGUUCCAGUUUUGGAAACUGUGCAAGGUCAGCUGAUCUGUGACUCGGUGAUCACGUGUGAGUACCUGGAUGAAGCGUUUCAGGACAAGAAGCUCUUUCCAGCUGACCCAUUUAAGAAGGCCCAGCAGAAGAUGCUGCUUGAGGAGUUCUCCAAGGUGAUUGCAGUGAUUUAUAAAAUUCCUAUUGGGAAGAGGAAGGGUGAGGACACGUCUGCCGACGAAGAAGAUCUGAAAGGGAAAUUCAUAAAACUCAAUGAGGUUCUAGUUGGCAGGAAGACAAAGUUUUUUGGAGGAGAUUCUGUGACUAUGAUUGAUUACUUGAUGUGGCCUUGGUUUGAGAGGGUCGAUGGCUUUGAAGUGGCACAACACUUGGAUGCAGCCCCGGCGUUGAAGGAGUGGAUGAAGCGAAUGGUUGAGGAUCCCACUGUCAAGGCAACCAUGUUUGAUAGCAAGACCCACAAAGCUUUCAUCAAAAACUACUUUGAUGGCAACCCCAACUAUGACUUAGGGUUGUAGAGAUUUUUCUCGUCUGUUCUUCUGUCAUUCAUUGUUUUCUCUUUUCUACGAAUCUCUUCUAUAUGACAGUUGUAUAUUAUCUGUCAAAUGAUAAUGAUACCAAAUAACACAAAACUGUGUUGAGUCCGCUGAUGAUUAAUCAAGUUGUCGAACUCCGAGUUUCUGCUUUCAAUUGUGUUAUUGGAUUAUUUGAUUUGAAUUGAUUUGAUUAGGUCCUUCCUGCAGAAACCAGUCCUUCAGAUGGUUCGUGGUGAUAAAGUGAUUUAUAAAAUACAUUUUGAUAUUAAAAUUCCUACUGGUGA